UAUCUCGACCUCAGUCCGUCACUACGCUAGCUAGCUACGAGUAUCACACAGCCGGGUCCGCGCCGUCUGGAGUCAGUCUGUAGCUAUCUCUCACAGUGACCACAUCUGCCCUCGCGAUGCCGGUACCGCCUGAAGUCAAAGUUCAGAAAUUCGUGGAAAAAGGAUGCAUUCCGCAGCGCUAUGUGUUCGGCAUCAUGGGCUUCCUCGCGGUAGCAAACGCCUACGCAAUGAGGAGUGUAUUGAGUGUGGCCAUCACGGAAAUGGUAGUGGUCCACCAUGGGAUGCUGGGGAACCGCACGCUUAUCCCUGACCCCAUGGCAUGUCCCGCUCCAAACGGCGCGCAAGUUCAUCAUGUAAACCCGGAAAACGAAUUUGAUUGGGAUGAAAAAACUCAAGGCUACAUCCUCUCGGCGUUCUUCUGGGGGUAUGUCUUGACUCAUCUUCCAGGAGGACAGCUGGCAGAGAAGUUUGGAGGAAAGCAAACCCUUGGACUCGGCAUUCUCUGCACUUCUGUGCUGACGAUAGCAACCCCUUUCGCUGCUAGGGCUGGUCCGUGGUGGCUCAUAGUGACUAGGUUCAUCGAAGGACUCGGAGAGGGUACAACGUUUCCUGCUUUGAACGUUUUAUUGGCUCAAUGGGUCCCUCCUAUGGAGAGAGGCAAACUGGGAGCUCUGGUUUUUGCAGGAAACCAGAUUGGAACUGUAGUCUCAAGCACACUGACAGGACUCAUGCUACAACACUUUGAGGGAGGGUGGCCACUGGUAUUUUACUUCUUUGGUGCCCUCGGGUGUCUCUGGUACAUCAUUUUCUGUUUCACCUGCUACAACGAUCCUGCUUCUCACCCACACAUUUCCACAGAAGAAAGAGAAUACCUGUCGGAGACGAUAGGGUGCUUGAAGCGAAGAGAGAACCUUGCACCCACCCCGUGGAAGGCAAUGGCACUUUCCAUCCCACUGUGGGGACUCAUCCUGGGACAGAUCGGCCAUGACUGGGCACUCUUCACCAUACAAACUGACUUACCCAAGUACAUGAAAAGUGUCAUGCAUUUUACUGUAGCACAGAACGGAUUCCUCAGCUCUUUGCCGUUCUUAGUGAUGUGGUUCACAGCCCUCUUCUCAGGCUGGCUCAGUGAUUUUCUUUUAGCUCACAAGGUCAUAAAUGUUACUCUGCUGCGCAAGAUCUUCACAACAAUCGCAUCCGUUGGUCCUGCCCUCGGCUCGCUGGCUGCCUCUUAUGCUGGCUGUGACAAGGUUCUUGUUGCCACUCUGUUUGCUGUAGGAAUGGCCUUCAUGGGAUUCUUCUAUCCCAGUCUCAAGGUGAAUGCCCUGGAUCUCAGCCCCAAUUAUGCUGGAACAUUAAUGGCUAUUGUGAAUGGCACAGGAGCCAUAGCCGGUGUCAUCACUCCCACACUCAUUGGCUACCUCACACCAAACAGCCACAUGCUGGAGUGGAGAAUGGUGUUUUGGAUAUCUGGAGGUGUGGUAUUGAUCACCAACGUCCUAUACUGCAUCAUGGGGACUGCUGUGAUCCAGCCUUGGAAUGACCCCACGGGGACUCAAGAAGAAACUGUGAAGUGGAAAUCCACAACAGAAGAUGGCCUUCCUGACGAGAAGAACAUUGAGGUCACAACAAAGAAGGUCUGAUGGAAAAGUUAUGUAGUGUGUGAACCACAGUAACUUUUUGUAGGUUAGAGCAUCUUAGUCUUGUACAUAAACAUGUAGUAGCUAGUUUUAUAAGAGUCCUGUUAAUACUGAAAGUGCUACUUAGUGAUAUUGUGUGUAUGAUAAGUUUGUUCAGUUCUGAAUUUAUGUGAUAUAAUUCUCAAAUGUGUAAAGUGGAGAAUGAUUCAAUUUGGAAAUCUCAAUUGUAUACAGAAUAAAUCUUUAAUUUUGUAGGGGGUGGGAGGGAGAUACUGAAAUGUUACGUCUCUUAGUAAGAGGAGUGGGGAGAAUGAGGGGAGUAUGCAAAAUACCCACUUCUUGACCUAUAAUUGCUAGUAGAUACAUACUUUUUAUAUUGUUCAUCCAUAGAUAAUGUAGUGUCUUAGUCACCAUACCACACACCAGUGCCGUAUACGGUAUAUUCUUAUAGAAGGGAUUUUAUAUGCCAAUGGAAUUUCUAAUUGAUCAUACUAAAGGUUUAAAGGAAAAGAGUUCAAGUAGAUUUGAAAAUUCGUGUUGAUCUCCCCGGGAAUCGAACCCGUGACAUAGUUUAGUAAAUCACAUCUAACCCUAGGCUAUAUUUAAUGUUGUUUGUUGUAAUUAAUUUAAAAUUGGUUUUAGUCAAAUCAUGAGGAGUCGGUAAUAGAGCGAGACAAUCACUGAUUUAUGUGAGCCACCCCUUGGAGCUGCUUCAUUGAGUAAGUUGUUACUCAAUUGAAAGCACCCAUCUUAUUAUUAAUGGUAAAAAUGGCUUUUUCUAGUGUUGUUUCCAUUAUUUAUUUAUUUAUUUAAUGACUGUUCAAACUAAAAUAAUAAUUAUGAAAAUAAGUAAUAUUUAUUAAAAUACAUUUUUUAUAAAAGGAACACUGAUAGACAAUAUAAUUUAUGUGUUUUGUAUAAACACUUACAUCACAAUUUCAGCUUGACAUGCAUGUGUAUUAACAUACUAUUUUUCAAUGUAAAAUGUUUUAAUAUUUAUUUUGUCAAACCAAUAACACGCCACUUACAAUAGAGUGUCUUCUUUUCAUUAUAAGUGAUAACAAUAAAUAUAUUUCUAAAUUUGACAUAGCACAUUCUCUUGACAGGUAGUUUUACUUUUGGGAUCUUUAAAUUUAAUCUAUAUUUAAUUUUAUGUUGUUUAUUCACAUGUGCCAGAUGCAAUGUUAUGACAUUGUUAUACUCUUGUUUAGGUAGUAUAAUUUGUAUAUAGUCCCGUGUAUUAUUUCCUUGUGUGUACAGAAGUUCUGAGCAAAUGUAUGAUUAUUUUACGUUGUUGUAAGUUGUAAGUGUUUUCAAUGUAUAUGUUCUAUUGUUUUCCAUCUCUUAAAAGUCUUUAGCCAUUUUUCACAUGGUCGUUAGUACUUAUCUGUAAUACCUGAAGAAAAAAGUGUCUAGACUUCAUUUACAAAAUGGAAAAUAUGAGACAGUUGUUAUUAAAAUUGUUCCAUCAUUUAUUGCCAAUGUGCAUAAUUUUAUGUUUACUAUAAAUAUGUAUAUUUUAUAUGUCAUUUUGUAUUGUCUGUGAUGUUGAAUGUUAAUUUUGUAAAUAAAGUAAACUGUUGUUAAUCUA